AGGAGUGUCGUAGAACUCGUAGAGAUGCGGGAGAGAACGCGAGCCUGAUUUCCGAUUGCGGAGUGACUGUUGUUUGUGUGGUUAAAUCAGAUUGGAUCAAGCUGGAACGGGAAAACGGAAAAGGAAACUGACGCAACGACCACGACGAUAAAGAAGGAAGAAGAGUAUCGAGAGCACGCGGAAUGCAAGUAUACGAAUACGGUGCUUCCCGAGACACGUAGACGUAGCGGUGUGUUGUACAUACAUACACGUCCCUCAGACGGACCUCGCCCGCGGCGAGAGGACUUGAGUUCCUGAGAGUUUUGGCGUGGAGACGUGCGGGAAACGCAACGGCGAGACAAACUCGGCCAGGGUAAUCCAAUUCGGUCUGGCAGUGCCGUAAAGAGGAGCCGCGAGAAGACAAAUAAACAACGGCCCGAAGUCCGCCAUUUUGAAUAGAGAGGAGUCGUUAUUGUCGUGCUGGGGAGCGAGUGGAACGUACCGCUUUUCCGUUUCCGUAUCAGAGAGUAGGCCGCGUGAGGUGAAGGCGGAAGUAGGAGGAAGAAGGAUACUGAGCUAAGGUGGCUAACGGUCACCGGAUGUGGUCGAAUUUGCGGGGAACGCGCACUGGGAGGACCGCGAGAGAAGAGGAACUUGAGGCGAGGUAGCAUCGCGCUAACAGGUCCCCGGGGUGCCCCACCGCACUUAUCCCACCGCGUCGUCACCGUCGUCGUCCCCACCACCGCUCUGCCCUGGAUACUGUGAUUAUUGCGCAGUUGGAAAAAUUGCUGAGCAGGGACGCGGGACGUCGUCCACGAGAGGCAAUUCGUGAGCGUUUACCGGCCAACGAGUUGGCUGAAUAACGAGGGGAUAUUAGAAAAGUGAAACAGAGAGAAAUAGAUAGAUAGACAAACAUCCGAGCCAUGACGAACUCCGCGCCCAAGUUAGAUAACGCUAAGGUGGAUCGGCAAGCCUCGCCGAAGGUCGGGUAUCAGUACCAACACAACCAUCAUCAUAAUCGUUCUAACAGUAAAUCCUCGCCGUUCCUAUACAAGAACGGUCGCCAUACGGUUAGAAAUGCUAAAGAUGGACGGCAGAGCUGCAGCCCGUACAGCCCGUCGUCCAAGAGCGCGAGAAACUCGCCACAACAACAGCAGCAGCAACAGCCACAGCAACAACCAGCAGCAGCAGCAGCAGCAGCAGCAGCAGCAGCAGCAUACACAGCAGCAGCAUACACCGCAGCAGCAUACACCGCAGCAGCAGCAGCAACAACAACGUUGCGAACAGCGCAGUCCAAGCAGCAGCCCGACCAACAACUUCUACGCGGGCGCCAAGUUCUCGGAAACACCGUCGCCCGCGAGUGUGCCCAAGCCGCCAAGACAUUGGACGAGCAGAUUGAUGGACAGCUGCGGUCAAUCGGACAGCGCAAGCGAACACACGAGGCAAUUGCGUAUAGUGCUGAACGUCCAAGCCUGAUACCCAAAAACCAACGUAUAUACCAGCAACGCGCGAGGGGAGAAGCGGCGACCGUCAACAGCUCCGGAAGAAUCAGGUACAAUAGGGAAUUAUCGUCGAUAAAAUCAUCGGCCGAAAAGACUGCGAGAAUAAGAGAGACGAUGAUACCGACGAUGAUGAGAAAAAAAUGUGAAGAUUAUGAUGACGACGAUGAUGGUGACACCGUGUGCGGUUCAUAUACACACGGGUUUUCGAUUUUAUCGCGCGAGUGGAUACUCGUAAUCCGUUCUUUAUUCUAAGAUACAUCCAGCAUACAAACUUCAAAUCGUAUAUAAACUAUGCACCGCGGGGGGGAGGGCUGACGACGCGAUGCAUCGGUGCAUCCCGAUGCCGCGAUCGAUGUGUGCGCGCGAGAGAUACAUUAUAUAUGUAUAUAUAUGCGUUCUGGAACUCCCAUCACGCGCCAUCAUUGUGACAAAAUGUAAGUAAUACUGUAUUUUAGAUUAUCGUAUACCACUAAACUUACAAAAAGGAACACAAGGAGAGCCUCACGUACAUACAUAUAUAUAUUAUCUAUAACAUCCGACACACACAGAAAGAAAGAGUACAUCCUCAGUCUGACGAGACGACAAGCGCGGACGAGCGAAGUUACGCUUCGCGACUUUUUGUCAAACGAUGGACUUCAAUAUCGACGCGUUGAAAAAAAAAAAAAAGAACAAGCGUCCGAUGAUUUUUUUCGUGACCGCUUUUUCCAAAGCGACUUUUGAAAGCUCGCGCUUCAUGCCGUUCUCGAGACACCCGGUGUUCGAAUACACGUUUUUAUUAUCCCCUCGUGCUCUAAUCGUCGGCACUAGAGACAAAGAUCCGUAGCACGGAAAUGCUGGACAAGCAAUUAUUUAAUAGCCGCCCGACUAAUGAUCGUUAUCAGUAUACUUCUUUAUUAACAGUUUCUUUCGCGAGCUUUAUCAUUUUGGUAUUAUGGAUUGUAAAAAGACAUGGCUUCGUAUAAGAGAUUUAUUUCAGGCAGCUUUUUUUUUUUUUUAAUUUCCGUUUACUUUUCUUUUUCAUUUUUUUUAUUGGGAAUAUUUUUUAUUUUCUUGCUAUUCUGCUACUAUCUGCCAAUAGUUACUGUUUACGUGAGAUAGGUGUAUAAGAUUUUGAGUUUCUUAGUGCGUGUUACGCGAGUGGGUUAAUUGAACGUGACCGACAUGAUAAAAAAGGAAGGGGAUCGGGAGAAAUUUGAAUGAGAGGCGAGGAUCAAAUGGAUGCUUUGUUCGUUUCGCGAAUGCAUCAUGAUGAUCAUCAUAACACAUUUGCGGAAAAUUCAUAUUUCGACCACUCUUCUCGUGCUCUCGAUUUUCGGCAUGUUUCAACAAAAUUAAUUAAUUGCAUGUAAUGUAAAUUUAAGAGUUAUUUUUACAAUAACACAAAGAUAGAGAAAGAAAGAGAGAAGAUUUGUCAGAUUUUUCCGUUGAAAACGGAGUCACUAAUUUAUAAUCUUUCUUAUCUCGAUUCAUAAGAUUUCAAUCUAUGCUCGUUGAGCAUCGCGAUAACUGUUGUUACAUUUGAAAAAUUUAAGUACUAACUAUUCCAAUGCUUUAUUUAGACGCGGAUAUCGAGGACAAAGACUUUUAAGAGGGCAAAGAACAUUAGCGUCGUGACUGUCAUGAUUUAAGUAACACCGGAUUGUUUCUUCUUAGAACGCAAUCGUAGCCGUAAAAGACAGGAUGACGAUAUUUAAAGGGCAGUACGCGGUUGCGUCCCUAAGGGACCGAGAUUAAUAAGUAAAUUAAAAGCAGGAACAGCCGUUAAUGGUAACUUAACCCGUCCUUGAAGAGUUGUCCUUCGUGCGAGUUUCUUGAGAUCGUUUUUUGUGCUAACAGGUAUAGGAAGAAGGGUAGUCUGAACUUUUUCGUUGUUUACAAUGCUUUACGGGCGCAAUUGUCAUAUCAAACUCGCACCACACUUCUAUCUAUAUACUGGACACAGUAAACGGACUUAAUAUAUAUAUGGUAACGAUAACAAUAAUAUUUAAGGGUAAAUAAAUAACAAUAGUAGUAAGCUAAGGCCUUAAUGAUAUAAUAGCGUGGAGAAUACAAUCGAUUUGACAUUGCACAAUCAAAUCGAUAGUGUGGUUUUCGUCAGUUUAGAUUUAGAUUUGCAAACUUUAAAAUUUGUGUGUUAUCUUCGUUUAUCUUUUUUUUUUCUUAUUUUGUAAGCAAAAUUAUUUCAUGCCACAGACUGAGCAAAAUUCUUUGACGUAGUAUUUUAAUUAAUGUUUAUUUUUUUUUUUUAAGUUUUCUGAUAACAUGCAAUAAUUCUUUUGCAACAUUUAUAUCCACCUAUUUUCUCUUCUUACAUCAAAUUGCUUUCUUUGGUAGGCGAUUAGUCUUAGGUAAGAAUAAGUUUAUGAGACGGGUGUGAAUGUGGGAUGAGCGUGAAUGAGUAGAAAAACGCAAAAUCGAUAGAGACCGAUAUCAAAACGCGCGAUUUCGAUUUUUUCGAUUGCUCGCUCCGUAUUUAUAGUUUUGUAAGGUGAAAAAUCCUCGAACGGUAUCUAACAAACACACGAUCGUGCGUUGAAGUAACGAUCGGCUGAUUUGAUCUACACAUGACGUCGAAAAUUGUCGAAGGAAGACAUGUUUCUACACGGACAGAGAGACAACGGAUGUAAAUUGUUUAUCGGAUGUAAAUCGAUCGAUGUGCGCGAGACGUUCCCUUUCAUUUUUUUUUGUCCAUUCUCAACAUCGUACCGGGUUCAAGAGAGAGGAAAUCGAUAACCUCAGGAUUAACAUAUGCGGAGAAAGUUUGGCAACUUGCUUUCCGUUUGCCCUCGCAGUUCGAUUUAGAUGCGCAAGAAUUACGAAUCGUCACAGUACAGUUUUUUUUCUUUUUCGUUUUUUUUUUUACAGCUUUCACAUUCAAAAUUUAAUUUGCUCGCCGUUCGCGGCGAUAACGAAUUCGUGCACGUGUCUUAACACGAGAAUCGAUGAAGGAGAACGAACUGAUCGUGUCGGAAUUUAAUUCUACGUGACCGUACAAAGAGCUAAAACGAUUAAAUUGUAGAGUAGAGUGAGUGCAAAUCUGUUUUGCAUUACAUUGCCCUUUUCUUUUGUUCUAUUUUUCGAUUCUUUUUUUUAUUCUUUCGUGAGUUGGACAACAACGCACUGAAUGAUACCGAUUAAUGUCUUGGAGGCCAAGAUAUCAUUCCAGUAUUGUUCCACGUGUUGUUGACCAACUUGCGAUUGUAAAUCAAAAUCGUCUUUUGAAAACGUUGGAUAGUGUAGUGUGUUAGUGCUACACAAACAGGGAUCUUUAAGGAAGUGGUUUUGGAGUGACGUUACGAGAGUUCGUAACACUUCAAAUGAUGCAUAUAUAUAUAUAUAUAUAAAAUGUGUAUGUAUUACACAAUCUGAAUUGAAAAUUUGGCGGACUAAUUAUCGGAAAUUGUCAAGCUGGGAGCUUGUUAAUCUAAUACUUAAAGUCUCGAUCAGAUUGGAACGAUUCUAAUACGUAUCCGCGUAUGCACUUAUUUGCACAGCUUCCGACUUGAUUUGUGACGGACAAAUCAGUUCCUUGGAUAGAAUCCUAUGGAAUUGUCUAUACCACAUUAUUUGUAUAUUUUUUGCAUUGCUUUUUAACGAAGCGUAUUGCAUUAUUUUAAACGCCAUAUAUAAAAUUUGUGCUGUUAUAUUUUUUUUAAGCAUUUAUCUUUUAUAUAUGUUGAUUGUUGCUUUUCGUAGACGCUUUUUCCGUAUACGGUUCGCGCGAACAAUAGUGAUUGUAAGAGCGGGCAAGUUGUUUCUAUGAACAAUUUUGAAAAAUCGUUUAAUCGUAAUAGGCUUUCUACAAUAAUAGGCUUUUUACUGUUUACUUUAAGCUUUAAGGGCAGAGUCUUGCAUAACGUAUAAUGCAGAAGGAAAUGAAUUAAAGUCCUUUAUUUUCUUUUUACAAAAUAAAAGACUAGUGAUUCUCUUGUGCUUUAUGCAAAAGUCUGUGCUCCUUAAGUCUCAAAAAUGGACUGGAUCAUAGUCGAUUAGUCUUUCGAUUAUAACUUUCAAUUUCUUAAGACUUAAAGCUUAAAUAGUGAUUUAUUGUAGAACGUGUGUAAGAGUCUUCGAAUCAGUCACGAUAGCUAAGUCAACGCGUGAUUAGAAGGAGAGAUCUUGAUCGAUUCAGGGUUGAUAUAUAUCGUCAUGGUCUCAGAAUUCGCGGUAGAUCUUUGGGGCGAGAAAAACGAAUUAAACACUGCCGUCCGGUGAAAGAAAGGGAUACAGAAGGAUAUACGGAACAAGUGAAAACGUGUGUAUCUGUUGUCGCGAAGACAAGACGCUUGCGCCAGAAUAACAAUGUGUAAAUAUCAGCUGCGUGAACGUGAAAAUUGUAGCUUCGAUAAGGGGAAGAAAAGGAGUAUCUUCCGAGUAAAGUUCGAUCGGGUUGAACAGUACAAACGUUCUCGUCCUGUUCCUUGAAAUUUCAGGAACGCGUUGCUAAACAAAAAUUUGAAUACUCGUGUUGAGAGCCACGUGUAAUCGGGAUGUUUCGGAGGACGGUAAUGAGCGCCAGACUCGAUUUUUUUUCUUAUCGAUCUUUUUACAGCGCGAACGUAGAACCGGUAAAAAAGAAUACGCGAUGAGAGAGAGAGAGAGAGAGAGAGAGAGAGAGAGAGGGGUAAGAAAAUGGAGGAGGAAAGGCUACGAAUGACAGAAAAUCAAUCAUUUAACAAAGAGUCGAUGGGAAAUUAGCUGUGAUGAUGAGACUCAAUAGUAUUAACAUUUAAUUGAUAUAAAGUACAUAUAUCUAUAUACGUAUAUACAUUGAGAAAUCAUUUAAUUGAAUGAAACAAUUUGAUUGAAUUAACUAAAUCUUUUGUCUGGAUAUGGGCAAAUUCUUUGAUUGUUAUAACAAAACAAUUGUCAUCAUUAUUGACGCUACUAAAUGAAAUUUUGCUGAAAUUAACAGAUCUAUGCAAUCAACAAAUUAGUUAUUGUAACAUUUUACUUGUUUUUUAUAACAUAAUUUCUCGUUGAUACAAAUAUAUUACAAAUUCAAUGAAUAAAAUCGGUCAGCCAAAAAAUUUUAUUUGAUUCAGUCGAAUAGAUUUCUCAAUGUAUAUAUGGGUACACACACAUGCAUACGCGCAUAUAUUAUAUAAGAUUUAAAAAACUAGAGAAAAACCACAAAGUAGUUUAGGUAUGAUAAGUAUGAAGUAUGAUGUUUAUUAGAUGGAUAAAGAGAAAAAAAACGUUACGGUAGAUAAAACGAGCAAAAAGGGAGGGAGAGAGAAAGAGAAACGCUUUUUUGCAUUUUCUCUUAUUGCUCUCCUUUCCUCCUAUGAGAGAGAGAAAGAAGGAUACAAUAUCUGUAUUCUUUACGCUUUGAUAUUAAUAAAUGUAAAUUUUUGAUAGUUGAUAUAAAUCGGGGACGCGUUUGGAGAUUUGAGGAGAGGAAAGAUAGAAAAAGAAAAGAUAAAGAAAGUAGAUCGUAAAGGACUCGAGCGUUUUCAUCUCACGGCUUUAAAACAUGAUUCGUCAUAUCAUGACUAUAAAACACAUACAUACAAAUAUAGCUGAUAAUAAUCGUAGUUUGUAACUGACGCGCGUUAAGUCGUCCCGGAAAAACGAGGAUCGAUUUUUGACGGAUUAAUGUGAAGUGCUAAGAAUACAAAGUGAACAGACCAAGCUACACGAGUUUCGUUUCGAGGAACAAAACUGAUUCCGAGUAAAAAUUUUUCAAGUGGCGUAUUAGAAAAAUGAAGCGACCAAUGCGAAGUAAUAGUUAAUCGCAGACGAGGCGUUGAGUAGCUCCGUGUUUGGUCUGUGGAUUCAUAAUUCGCGGGUCCGAAUUUGAUUCUAUUUGCGCCUCACGUGGUUUUCCGCAUUAAUAAUUAUAAAGGAGGUCUUUGUCCACUCGAGUUACGAUGAUCACUUCAUCUGUGUCUUUACUUAUUGCUCCAAUGUGUAACGAAUUAAUCAGGGCAGUUUAGAUAGUAAAAAGUUUUUAAAGCUUGUAGCGAAAAGUAUAAUACAAAGGUUUUAAGGUCUGAUAUUAAAAGUGAAUAAAAGCGUGACUUCCUCGAAGAGGUCGAACACACAUAUUUAUCGCGUGGAUAUCGCGAUCCGUUUAAGAGAGUCGGAAGUUCAAACGGGGGGAAUAAAAUUAAAGCAAAUCAAAAUCGCAGAAGAUCCUUCCAGAGUUUAUAGUCCUCUUGGAUUAUGAAAAACGAGGCGUCUAAGACUGUUUAAGCAAACUCUACUUGAUUCAAAUUUUUCCGAAAACUAGACUUGAUCCACUUUGUAGUCUCGGUACUUCAUUUCUGACUGAGUAGUAUGUUUUGAGAGUUAAAACGUUUUGACGUGCCCUCUCUAGAAUGAUGAACCACAUCAGGCUAUGUUCAAAGUGUCCCUCUCAGAUAUCAUUUUAUCCUUUUUCCGAAUAUUAAACAAGAGGUUUGUUUUUUUAUUUCUGUACACUCUUUGAAUUGGUGCACACAAUGCACCAGUGCAAUAAGUUGAAGUGAAACGUAUAUUUGUUUUACUUUAAUUUAUUGCACCGUGUUCACCAGUUCAGAGAAUGCAGGAAUAAAAAAACGAACAGACCUAAGGAUAACAUGAUUUAGGGAGCAAUCGGGUGGGAGUCUGAACGCAUCCUUAGACCAGGACAUCUCUCAUGGAACAAAUCGGAUUAUUCCCUAGAUUUCUGUUGUGUUUUCUAGGGAAAACGGAAUAAUUCCGAUCGGAUUUCGAAUAAUUUUGUAUAAUACGUGUUUAGUUUUAGUUUUUUUGCGGAAAAGAAAGAGAAAAAAACGAAAAAAAAAAACGAUCGAGCGGUCGGUUGUGCGUGAUCCCUGAGAAAAGCUCCGGGUUUUCAAAAGAAACGCGAAGGUUUCUUUCGUACGAGGAAAAUUCGGUAGACGCGAAACGAUCCAUUUAAUCGAUCAACAUUUAAUUGUGAUAUUGUAACGUACAAAAUCGCAAAAGGCUCGGGCUUAAUUAAUAAUAAAGCCAGGCAAGAGACUUCCGAGGGUUGAUUAUAUCAUGAAGACAAACCAAAAAAAAAAAAAAAAAGAGUAUAUAGAAUCGUUUUUACGACGAAUUCCGCAAACGUGUUCGCGCUAAGCGUGUUUCUCGCGACACGAGAAUCGAUAAGAGCGAUCGUGCGAUCCGGAUAUUUCAUCGAUACGUGACAUUUCUCCGCAACAUUCUCCAGCGGUUGAUAUUUACCACAUUGCUGUCACGAAUUAAGCGAGACCCUUGGCGCAAAAAUCGAAGAGACUGCGCUUGGUUUCGCUAAUUAAUUUCUUGACAAGCUUGCAAUAUUUUUUCGUGGCAAUACAUGUACAAAAAUGCGAAAUCCUAUUUACGAAAAUUAGAUUUCGCCUCGAUAACGACACUACAUUGACUAGUCAUUUUUUUUUCGAUAAUUAUUUUUUUGAUAAACGACACGAAAUUAUUAUCGUCAAUAACGGAUUUAAGAAUUUCAUUAUCUGGGAAUAACGAAAUUUUCGUUCUAUUUCGUGAAGAAUCUAAAAAUCGCAGCACAUUCGUCGUUCGAGCAUAUACACGAGAUAUAAUAUAAAAUUCUAAUAGCUGUGCAUAUAUGUGUGUGUAUGUGUGUGUGUAUGUGCAUAUAUUUUGCUGUAUCUUCACUUUCAUGUUUUGAAAGAUUACUAAUUCAGUUGAUUAUAUGCCUGUGCUUCUUACCUGAACUUCUUGCACAGUUUAUCUUUUUUUCUCCAAUGUUAAGAAAAAAGGAAGAAAACGAUAAACCGUGUAUGAAUUUUAGCUAAAACGAACAGGCUUUAUAGCUAUAUCUUUCGCUCGUAUUCUAUUGAAACAUUAAAGAAAUAGGUGAUAUUUCGUUUAUUCUUUCUCGGUCAUGGUGGAGCAAGCAGUAGUAGAAGUAGUAGUAUAAGUAGUAGUAGUAUAUAGUAGUAGUAAUAGUAGUAAGAAGAAACGCAGUUGAAAUUUCACGGUGCUUCUUACAGACUUUCCAAAACUUUUCGUACAAAUACUUCUUACAAAAGUAUACAGUUUUAAGAUGAAGGGAGUCGCUUUGGAACUUUCGUGGAAAAUCCGUCGAAACAGAGUUGAUCGUUUUAAUUUUAAAUUAGGCUCCUUCGUGGACUUUCUGAGGAAACUUGUUUCCUCUUUGAGCAGCAAACAUCGAAGUGUUUGAGAUGAACGGACUUAACUCUCGAUGAUCCUUCGCGAAUGGAUUAGAACGCAUAUACAGCUUUUUAGCAAAUGAUAACGUUUUCAUGUAAGAAAGAAUAAAUCGCCUUUUUUAACGUAUCUUUUAUCUGUAUUUAGCGGAGUCUACGCUUUUUAAAGAAAAUUUUGCAGACAUAAGGACGAACAUUUAGCAUCGCGUGACGUAAAACUAAUUUUUUUCUAAUUUGUUUCGCAUUACCUGCGAAAGAAUGUUUUUUAUGAAGAGUGAAAUGAACAGAUUUAUCACGACGAUAUCGAGUCCAUUCUUGUUCAUCAUCGAAAGCUUACUGCACGCAGGAUCGAAGGUAACUUUGAAAAAUUUCGCGAAUCUCCGCCGUCGGAGGAGAGAGAAACAAUGCGGACUAUUUGAGCACAAGAGAUAUUGCAGCGGAGAUAUUGAAGCUCAUCGUGAACGAGACCAACGUGUUCCGAAUCAGAGUUGCCGCGGAAUCGCGACUCGUGGAUAUCCGGUUUCUCGUUCACCGUUAACGAGAAUAGUGGACCUCGAGUGGCGAUCCGCGUAAGAUCUGGAAACCAACCCUUCCGUCACUGUACAAGACUCGCGUACACGCUCACGUCUUAUCAUACCGAGCACAGGGACACAAACACACAGCCACACACGAAAACACUGUGUCGAUUAUUAAUUAAAUAAGCCUUAAAUUUAGGAUUAAGAGUUGACAGAGCGAAACGAAAGAGAAGAGAAGAGAAGAGAAAAGAAA